CGGACGCACGUCGCGAAACCGCACACAUCGCUUCCGCUCAUUUUGAAACCGCGCGGAUCGCUUCCUCCAACCUUGAAGCGAAGCGAAAAUUUGGUCACGACGAUUAGAUGGUUAGGAGAAAGGAAGAAACGAAGGGAAAGUGGGGGCUGGGCUGGGCUGGGCGUUUUCCACGUGGGUUGCCCGUUGCGCUAGGGGUGUUGGUGGAUAUAGGGCAUAUGGAUGGAUGGGAGGGAUUUUUUGUUGCGAGGGACGAUGGACGAUGGGCGAUGGGCGAUGGACGAUGGACGAGGAACGAUGGACGAGGGACGAUGGACGACGAUGGACGAUGGACGAUGGACGAUGGACGAUGGACGAUGAUGGACGAUGGACGAUGGGCGAUGGACGAGACGAGAAGGAGGGUGAAUUGCAAGAUGGUCUCGAGCAACUUGAGCAAUUAUUGGAUAUUGAUAUUGCUUUGCAGACCAAUAUUUGA